GGGAUAUAUUCAUGUUGGAGUCCACUAAAGCCCUAUCUAACUGACAAAACAAAAGAUAUGCAGAAUUAUAUUAAUAAUUUCAUUGUGAUGAUGAUUUAAUAAACUAUAGGCCAGCAUUUGUUAUGUUUCCUAUGAUUCCUUUUUUGUUAAGAUAUCAAUUAUCAUGGCCUAAAAUUUGAAAGAAAAGAAAAAAAAAUCUGCUAAUACAUGAAAAUUUUUUAAGGCUUUAUUUUUCACCUAAAUGUGUUACAAAGAAGAUAUGAUAUUAUUACCAAUAUCAUCAUUACUAUUAUUUUGUCAUUAUGCUUAAGAUAAAGUCUAGCCUUUGGACUUAUGUUGUUUCCUCACAUGUAUAAACAAACAAAACUUUUCUUCAAGUGGGGUUGAGCUGCAAAGUUUAAUGGCAACUAAGAAACCAUAAUAGAGGAAAGUUAGACUGAAAAGCUCACAUACUUUUUUCUUGUCAAUUCCUAAUAAUUUGAAAACCAGGUUACUAAGGUUUUUUUAUAUACGAAUCGAAGCGACAGAGGCUGAAUCUCUAGACUACCGAGCUUCUUUUUAUACGAAUUGAAUCGACAAGGGCUGAAUCUCUAGGUUACUGAGCUUACUUAUUACUAUUCUUAAGUGCCUCUAAGUGUACAAAACCUGAAAAAAGUUUAAUUUUGAGGUUAAUGGGUAUCCAUCAAUCAUGCAGAAAUUCAUAAACAAAUGAUUGUGAAAAGAUAUUUUUCUUUUUUACAAACUAAGGUUAUUCUUUUCAUUCACAUUUUCAGUAAAUAUUCUUCAGUGGUUGUUGUUGUGGUUUGCUUUAUUUUAUGGCCACUGUCCACAAACAAGCAUAGAUUCUCUCUUUGAGCUCUCUCUCCUAGCUGUGCAGCUUAAGAAUGGAUGAUUGUGCUCUGUCUUCUCUGCUUUGAUUCUCUCUUCUCAUAAAGAAACCACUUCAUAGUCAUUACAAUUCUAGUAGUAGCUGAAGCUGUUUUCAUCAGUUCUUUCUUUCAAGCAGAAAAAUGAGUCAUACACAUUCUCAUACCGGUUCUGGUAGUAGAACUAAUCGGCGAGCUUUCGAGUUUGGAAAGACACAUGUAGUGAGGCCUAAAGGAAAACACCAAGCUACUAUAGUUUGGCUACAUGGACUUGGUGAUAAUGGUUUGAGCUCAUCUCAGUUGCUGGAAUCACUUCCACUUCCAAAUAUAAAAUGGAUUUGUCCUACUGCUCCUACCCGUCCCGUAGCGAUACUUGGUGGUUUUCCUUGCACUGCAUGGUUUGAUGUGGGAGAACUUUCAGAAGAUGGUCCAGAUGAUUGGGAGGGUUUAGAUGCAUCAGCAUCACAUAUUGCUAACUUGUUGUCAACAGAGCCAGCUGAUGUGAAAGUUGGUAUUGGAGGGUUUAGCAUGGGUGCAGCAAUAGCUUUAUACUCUGCAACAUGUUAUGCCAUGGGAAGGUAUAGUAAUGGUAUCCCAUACCCUGUCAGUUUAAGAGCAGUUGUUGGACUCAGUGGUUGGCUUCCAGGAUCAAGGAGCUUAGGAAACAAGAUAGAAGUCUCGCAUGAAGCACGAAGGCGAGCUGCUUCGUUACCGAUUUUACAGUGUCAUGGAAUCAGUGAUGAUGUAGUACACUGCAAGUAUGGAGAGAAAUCUGCACAAUCCUUAAGCUCAGCAGGAUUUCGAUAUGUUGCAUUCAAAUCCUAUGAAGGGAUUGGUCAUUACACAGUUCCAAGAGAGAUGGGUGAAGUUUCCACCUGGCUUAGUUCAAGGUUGGGGCUUGAAGGAUUUUCGUCGUAAAUGACAAAACCAUUGUUGGUAUGAAAAUAUGAAUCAGAGCAUGCUUGUAGAAUAAUAACAGUGGGGGGAGGGAAGAUGCAAAUGAACAAGCAAAACAAUGAACUAGCUAGAUGGUGGAGUGGUUAAUGGGGUAUAUAUCAAUAGGAGGAUUCAUUUUCUGGGUUUCUUUUUGUUGUGUUGGUGAGCAAUAAAGAUAUAUGAAUGUGUUUUUAUUAAGUAUUUCUCUCAUUAUUAUUGUAGAAUCUAGGUAUUGAGUCAGUUGUACUAUUGGAGAGAUUUUUAGUUAUUUUUAUUAUUAUUGUAACAAAACAGGGAACUUGGAGUCCUUGUUUUUCAAUUUGGAUAAACUUUUUUCUUUUUUGGGUGAACUAUAAUUUAAAACUUUAUGUAGCUAA